AUACUUUUGAUGUUACGUUUUUAGCAUUUAAGUGAUUGCUUUCCGUCGGGCACUGACAACAUUAUUCUGGCAAUUUCAUAUUUUCUACUUACUUUUCGCGUGACAUUCAUUGAAUUUUACAAUGCCACUUCAAAUCUCGACAAAGGAAAACAUUCGUAAACAUCUUGAGACUGUUUCUUUGAAAGAUAACACUUCUCCAAAAAAAUUAUGUACUUCUCCAGCAAUUUCUCAAGAGAAUGGUAUCAAAAAUGUAACUAAAGCAAAAACUGUAAAUAAGAUUUUUAAAGAAAAUGAAUUCAACCCAGAAUUAGAACCAUUAUUGAAAGAAAAUCCACGUAGGUUUGUUGUUUUCCCUAUCCAAUGGCCUGACAUUUGGCAAAUGUACAAAAAAGCAGAAGCCUCUUUUUGGACUGUGGAGGAAGUGGAUCUCUCUAAAGAUGCGUUAGACUGGAAUAGUUUAAAUAACAAGGAGAAACAUUUUAUAUCUUACGUCUUAGCAUUCUUUGCCGCUUCUGAUGGAAUUGUUAAUGAGAAUCUCGUCGAACGAUUUAGUCAAGAAGUACAAAUAACAGAAGCACGUUGCUUCUAUGGCUUUCAAAUCGCCAUGGAAAAUGUACACUCAGAAAUGUAUUCUUUAUUAAUUGAUACAUAUAUCGCAGAUGCCAAAGAAAGAGACUUCCUAUUUAAUGCAAUUGAGAAUUUACCAUGUGUUACGAAAAAAGCACAAUGGGCAUUAAAUUGGAUAAACCAUGAAAGUGCCACAUUCCCUGAACGUGUAGUUGCAUUUGCUGCAGUGGAAGGUAUAUUUUUCAGCGGCAGUUUUGCUGCUAUUUUCUGGUUGAAGAAAAGAGGUCUUAUGCCGGGACUUACAUUUAGUAAUGAGCUUAUUUCUAGAGAUGAAGGACUACAUUGUGAUUUCGCAUGUUUAAUGUUCAAACACAUUAUACAAAAACCAUCUUGCGAACGAGUUACAUCAAUUAUUAAGGAUGCUGUCAAAAUUGAACAAGAAUUUUUAACGGAUGCCUUACCUGUUGAAAUGAUAGGAAUGAACUGUAAACUUAUGUGUCAAUAUAUCGAAUUUGUUGCUGACAGGUUACUUAUUGAAUUAGGCUGUGAAAAGAUAUAUAUGUCUGAAAAUCCGUUUGAUUUUAUGGAGCAUAUCUCUUUGGAAGGUAAAACAAAUUUUUUUGAAAAAAAGGUGGGAGAAUAUCAGAAAUGGGGAGUAAUGCAAAAUAAAGUAGAGAGCAAUUUUACAGUUAAUGCUGAAUUUUAAUUACUAGAAAAUUUAUUUGAAA